AUGUUUUAUGAUUCAUACCUAUAUUUAGUAGAUGGUUCAUAUCUUCCUACUGUCGCCCCUACAGGAUUAAAGACAGAUCUUGGUUGUUGGAAGUAUCACUUUGGUGCAAUAGAGGGAAUGAGGCAAAAUGGCUGGACUUUAUGGACAGUAAUUCUUAUCAGGCUUGUUGCUGAAGAGUUCAAUUUCAAAUUAUCAAUCAUGGGACAAGGAGAUAAUCAAAUGUUACUUAUAGAAUUUACUGAAACAUUACCUGAAGAGGUCACUGUCAAUCAAGUAAACCAAUUUAUAUCUGCUCUUGAGGAAAAAUUAUCAUAUAUUGGGCCUCCUCUUAAGAUAGAAGAGACAUGGAUCUCUAAGGAUUACCUCUUGUAUGGAAAAUUCCCAAUUAAAAAUAGGGUUGCUCUAACAACAUCUUGGAAAAAAAAUUGUAGGAUGUUCCGCUGCUGCAAUGAGGAUUUCCCCACCAUUGAAACUAGCCUCUCAUCUUUAGCUGCCAAUCUAUAUGCUGCGGUGGCAUCUGAUAAUGUGACACAACCUAUAUUCUUUCUAUCAAUUUCUGACGGACAUAAUCAACAGUUCUCUCUUUUUCUGGUAAUUUAUCAAUAG